AUCUCGGCAGUACAAUGGCGGAUGCUGCCAAUCUAUUGUGAUGUCGUCAGAAACCCUUCUAUGCAUUCCACGGGCAACGGUUGAUUGACACCCCAGUCACCCCGGCCGGCGGAGGCGGGACUUGCGGCCGGCCGGCGGAGGCGGUUGGUCGAGAGUUGCGGGAGCCCGGAGUUCUCAUCGCUGAAGGGCAGACAAAGUGGUGGCUGAGUACUGUGUCUGAGGAAGCAAGAAGCCAAGAUUUGCACAUCAAGAUUUCAAUUUUGUAAAAUUGUAAAAAGGCAACUGUCAAGGCUGAAGAAGGAAUACUUGCCCCUUCACUUUUGUGUAGGUUGAGAUUUCCUCUGCUAAAGCGGUGGCCAUUUUUAAUUUGUUUAUUACUGCUCACAGCUGCUGACUUUGCCCUGGAAACAAUUCUUCUGUUAUUUGAUACCAUUUAAUCUUUUCACAAUGACGAUGGCAAGCCUAUUCUCAUUUACCAGCCCAGCUGUAAAACGUCUUUUGGGCUGGAAGCAAGGGGAUGAAGAAGAGAAGUGGGCAGAGAAAGCAGUUGAUGCUCUAGUAAAAAAAUUGAAGAAGAAAAAGGGAGCUAUGGAAGAUUUGGAAAAGGCAUUAAGCAGUCCUGGUCAGCCCAGCAAAUGUGUCACCAUCCCACGAUCUUUAGAUGGGCGUCUUCAGGUAUCACACAGGAAAGGCUUACCGCAUGUUAUCUAUUGUCGUGUAUGGCGCUGGCCAGAUCUUCAAAGUCACCAUGAGUUGAAGCCAUUAGAUAUAUGUGAAUUUCCAUUUGGAUCAAAACAAAAGGAGGUCUGCAUCAAUCCUUAUCAUUAUAAGCGAGUGGAAAGUCCAGUUCUGCCUCCAGUUUUGGUUCCAAGGCACAGUGAGUUUAACCCACAACACAGCCUCCUUGUCCAGUUUCGUAACUUGAGUCACAACGAGCCCCAUAUGCCGCACAAUGCUACGUUUCCGGAUUCCUUCCAACAGCCAAAUAGUAAUCCAUUUCCAAUUUCGCCAAAUAGCCCAUACCCUCCAUCACCAGCCAGCAGCACCUAUCCCAGUUCUCCUGCUAGUUCUGGACCAAGCAGUCCUUUCCAACUGCCAGCUGACACCCCUCCACCUGCUUACAUGCCACCAGAAGAGCAGAUAAGUCAAGAUAGUACGCAACCUAUGGAUACAGGGAAUGUCAUGAUGACCUCUAGCAUUCCCAGUCUCCCUAUUAUUUCCACCAGAGAUGUUCAGCCUGUUGCUUAUGAAGAGCCAAAGCACUGGUGUUCCAUCGUUUACUAUGAGUUGAAUAAUCGAGUUGGAGAGGCCUUCCAUGCCUCCUCUACCAGUGUUUUAGUGGAUGGAUUUACUGAUCCAUCCAACAAUAAAAACCGUUUCUGUCUUGGUCUUCUUUCCAAUGUAAACCGCAACUCCACCAUUGAGAACACCAGGCGGCACAUUGGUAAAGGUGUCCACUUAUACUACGUGGGGGGUGAAGUCUAUGCUGAAUGUCUCAGUGACAGCAGCAUUUUUGUACAGAGUAGAAAUUGCAACUACCACCAUGGCUUUCAUCCUACCACUGUUUGUAAGAUACCAAGUGGUUGCAGCCUAAAGAUAUUCAACAACCAAGAGUUUGCUCAGCUCUUAGCUCAAUCUGUAAAUCAUGGCUUUGAAGCAGUUUAUGAACUGACCAAGAUGUGUACCAUUCGCAUGAGUUUUGUUAAGGGCUGGGGUGCAGAAUACCACCGCCAGGAUGUAACCAGCACACCAUGUUGGAUAGAGAUUCAUCUUCAUGGUCCACUUCAGUGGCUGGACAAAGUUCUUACUCAGAUGGGCUCUCCUCAUAAUCCUAUCUCCUCUGUAUCUUAACAGUGAAUUAUGAUCAACGGGGUUGUGGAAACUACCAGAGGGAGGAAAAUUUUAUUUAAACUGGACACUGUGAAAGAUAUACUGGAAGAACAAUGAGAAAAAUUCAAAUGGCAAUCUUUAAGAUUUUAUGACCAAUCGUCGAUUGCUUUGCCAUACUAAUACAUCGAGUGGUAUUUAUAGUUUUUUUGCCAUCUGCUUAACGCAGCUGUUAAUGUUAAAAUACUGUUGAUGGAUGUUAUUAGAACCUUUGUGAUACUUUAAAUCUGAAUGCUUCAACAUUUUGCUUUGCUGUGAAGUCCAACUGUAUUGAAUGAGCUGUAUAUACAUUUUAGCUGGUUAAUUAUGGGCAGUAAGACUAGAUCUUAAGUUGUAGCAUGAUGAUGCUAACAAGAUGUUUUUUCAAUUAUGUUAGCAUCUUAUGAAAAUAGAUUUCUUUAAAAAAAAUAAUCAUGGUUAUUACUAUUCCAGGGAAAUUAACUAUCAAUUAAGAUUCUGCUCAGCUGAGAAGUUUCUCCAUGUGGAACACUUUCUUGCAUUUGCCAAAAUGAAUGUGGUCAUUUUCUCAGAAGAUUCAAGCCUAUUCUGAGCAUUGUUUUUGAAACAUUAAGCUGCCUGUAGAAAACCAUUUCCAUUUGUCAUCUCAUAGAUGUAUAUUACAUCCAAUGUUGGGACAAGUCUUAAAUUUUGUAUUGUAUAUUCAUGAGCUUGGAGUUGUAUCAUAGUAUGUAGAACUCUUUGAUCCAACAGGCAUUGUAGUGAGCUUAUACAUAGUUAAUGCAGAUAGUCUUUGUUGGACUACUUAUAGGCAUUACUGAUCCUUUAAAACUAGGGAAAGUACUGGUGAAUCUAAGGAUACAGUUUAUAGUGCAGUGUGUAGCCAGUGCAGCAGGGCUGUCCAUAAGUGCAAGCAUUUCUGUUGCUGUAGAGAUGAGACAACUGUCACAUUUGCAUGCAUUAAAACCUUGCAUAUUUUAAUUCAUUCUUGCCCAUCUAUUCCUAAUGAUAGAUAAUGUAAGAGAGCAUUAAAAUUCACUUUGUCAAAUUCUUCUCUAUAGCUUAAGUCAAAUGAGCAAGAGCCUGGUUUGGAAUUUGUAUUAAAUAAGCUAGAAUUUAUCUCUCAGCAAUGCCUAUCUGAUAUCAAGCUAUUUACACAAAUUGUAGGUUAGGAAAGUGGAUUGUUAUCAGGCAUGCUUCUGUUAAUUUCAUCUGAAACUAUACUUCAUCUGCUCAUCACCUUGACAUUUCAUUAAAGAGCAGUGCAAACAAAAAAAUGGAGAAAAUCUUCAUAUUACAGGUAAUGUAACUUUAUUUAUUUUUUUGGUGGGAGGGCGGAAUCUGGGUGUCAUUGGCAAGGCCAGCGUUUAUUGCCCAUCCCUAGUUGUCCUUGAAGGUGAGCUGUUGUCUUGAACUGCUGCUGUCCUUCUGGCACUCGUACUAUUGGGUAGCGAGUGCCAGGAUUUAAAUGGUGAAGGACUGAUGGUAUAUGAUGUUCAGAUUGGAGGUGGACUGCAGGUGUUUUUUGUGUCUGCUUCCCUUGACCUUGCCGAUGAUAGUUUGACAGUCUUGGCAUUCCCAUCACAAGUAAUGUUUCCCACAGUAGAUGAAUGCUGCAGGCAGGAACUCAGCAUUAAAUGUGUUUCCUUCAGGUGCUGGGUCUUUAUAAAGCCACAUGUAGCUCUCUAAUUUUUUUAUGAUUAAUAUUGUUGUAAUUGUGCUUAAUGUACUUGAAAUAUCACCAUUAUUGGCAGUGAAACUUCUUGGAAGUAUAAAUUGGUAAAUCCGACUUAAUGAGUUAAUGAAUUCAAUGUAGGUGUCCAAAUUGUUUUUAAACAAACUCAUGGUUAAAAUUUAGUUUCAAUAAGGAGUUAGUAAGUAACUUUAAAACACAGGAAUUGUUUCAGAAUCUUGAUGUUCUCCAUUUCUCUUGGGGAUCCACACUUAUGAAGCAAGUGCUGAAUAGGACAUAACAGUGCUAAUGUAAAAGUGAAUGAUAAACUGGAUGAGAUACACUGUAUUCUACUCUGGUAAAGUUAGCCUUUGUUUAAAGAGAUGAAAAACAUUGGAAAAAGUGACCAAUUAGCAGCUAUUUUCCUAAUGCACCUUCUGCUCUUCAGCACCAUUUCCCCCAGCCCCUAGAAAAAUAUCUUCCUUAAAGUUGGAACUUGUUUUUGAUAAGUGAGAUUGACCAUAUCCUAAUUACAAUUUGGCCAUUGCCUUCUGGUAUUCUUCAGACUUUUCACUUUUGAUUUCAAUUUUCUGGCAGUACAAAUUGCUUUGGUGCUCAUAAACAUUUGCAUUUUUAAAUGUGCAAAUCUGUUAUUAGGCUUUAUUUUACAUACAGUGGGAAGAUUUGAAGAUUUUCGAGUCCACAUAGUAUAGAAAUUUCUGUGUACUGUCAGAAUUCCUUUAAUAAAGAUAAUGCAUUUGCCUGUUAAUGGUGUUUUAUUCUGUGAAGUAUGGGUUGUUUUGAAAUUUGAACACUACACUAAAGUUGAUAACUUAAUCUCCUAACAGUUUGGUUGGGAAUAAAAGGAUAUUGACCAAUAGAAAAAAGCCUAAACUUUGAGGAAGCCUCAAUCGGCAUGAGGAAAAAAUAAGGAAGCAAAAAGAUUUAUGGAGCAGAUUUGAAUGUUUGCAUUAUAUUACCGCUAUAUAGCAUGGCCACUUAAUCAUUUAUUUGAGUAUUCAUAGAAUUAAACUGUAAAUAUGCACAUUAGCUGGUGUCAGCACCAUGUAAGAAAAACAAUUCAAAUAUGCCUUUGAUUAGGGAGUUGUGCUUGCAUCAUAUUGCACUUGCAUCAAUAAAAUGCAGUCUUGUUACACUUGCAAUAAACUUCAUAAUGCAGUUCACAUUUAUCUGUUUGCAAACACCCAAACAAAUUAAAAGUAGGAAUAUGCUUCAUGAGUUUACUAUGCCAUUCACGAAGAUUAUUUCCACCAACUUCUGAGCUUUUCACUUAUCAAGAAUCCAUCUGUCCUAAUAAGAUUUAAAGACUCUGCUUUCAUCACCCUUUGGAAGAAAACUCUGGCAUCUCAUUUCUGGCUAAUACUGGCAACCCUUUUUAAAUAGUAAUCCCAGUUCUAGAUUCUCUCAAGAAAACAUCCUCUUCUCAGGAUCUCGUAUACUUUAAGCACUCUUUACAUUGUUCAUCUCUUGCCUUUCAAAUCUGUCUCCAUGUUGGGAGAGAGACUAGCCACAAACUAUCCAUUAUAAGCCUACAGCCUCUCAAUCUAUCUUGACUAUAUUUCCCCUCACUCUGCCUUCUGUAAGGACACAAUUCUUCCAAUUCCUCCUCCUGCCUUAUUUGCUCCACAGGUCUUCUGAAAUGUCUUCCUGAAGUGUGGCUUCUUUCUACCAUAGUGCACAGAGCUCCAUGUAUGUAACUAUUUCUUGCAUCUCUGCUCCUCCCCCUGAGCAUACCCAUGACAAGGUCUGCCCUGUUCCUCAUCUUCCAUUCCACUGACUUCUACAUUCAACAGAUUAUCCCUUUGCAACUUCUGCCAGCUCCAAGAUCACACCAUCCAUUUCUCUGCUCCCUCUUCCACAUUUCAAAGGGACUGUUCCUUUGUGACUCCCUGGUCUGCUCUUCUGACCCCACCAACUACUCCCCAUCUUACAGUACUUUCCCAAGCAACGGCAGGUGAUGUCACAAGUAUCCUUUAUAAUAGUGCAAGAGGUCAAAGGUUAAUUUAGUUGGUGGUAGGCAACAGGAAGCUUGGGGUUGCCCCUGUACCUUGAAAGCAGGUGCUCAGCAAAAUAGUUACCCAUUCUGUUUGGUUUCCCCAAAGAAGGGGGAACCAUAUCUUGAGCGUUGACUACAGUGCACGAUAUUGGAAGAAGUACAAGUGAAUUGCAGAUUCGCCUGAAGGGAUUGUUUGGGUCCCUGGAUGGUGAGAAGCAAAGAGGUUAAGGGACAGGUUGCAUCUUUUGUGGUUGUAUGAAAAAGAGGAGUUGUUGGUCGAUGUGGAAGAGCAAACCAAGGAGUUAUGAAGCGAAAUCCCCUUUCAUAGUGCUGAAAGGGGAGGAGAAUAUGUGUCUGGUGUUGGAAUCUCAUUGACAACUUGCAAAGCAAAUACCCACUUUCAAAGCAAGGUCAGUGUCUCAAAAUCUUUAACUUGAAGUACCAGAAAAUCCUUUUAUGCCCUCUUGUGGAAGGAUAGGUAAGAAUUGCAAUCUUUUCAACCAUUUGAUCCACAUUGUUAGCUAAUAAAUCAAGUUUGGCAAAUUGGAAUAUAUUUUACAGCAUAAAUUAGAGGUUCUAUGAAUAGUUCUAAUUUCCAAGUGGACAGCCCACGAAACUAGUUUGGAUAUAGUUGACCACAAUGCCCAAGCUGAAAGCCUGCAGAUAGUCCUGCUUACAUUAUUGAAGUAGAUACUUUAAUGUACAGCAGCCAACUAGUAUUUAACAAUAUGUAACUGAACACAUGGUCAAUAAUAAGAUCUGUGGGAAGGGAGGUGAAAGGAAGAGUUCAUAAAUUAUCAGAAACUGAAUAAUUCAGCUUUUAUCUUGUACAAUUAUUUUGAAAGUAUUAAAUUUGUGAUUUAGAAACAUCGACAAUACAAAAAUAUCAUUCUCUUUUAAGUUAAUCUAUAAACAAAACAUUUGAGGACCUGGUGCCAAAGUCACAAAGCACAGAAAAGCAUGUCCAGAAUAAGUAUAUGAACAGACUAAAUAACAAUACCUUGUGAAGAGUAUGGCAGGAAAAUAAUUGGGAGGGGAUGUGAUGACCAAAUGGGAACAGGGUGGGCUUGGGCAGUAUUGGAAAUAACAGGAUUGAGAUCCUGCUGAUGUUUAGAGAGUUAAGGGAAUGGGAAAACAGUCAACAAACUGACCAAAAAAAGUUUAAGAGAGCCUAAAGGUGUGAAUUUAAAAAUCCAAUCUGGAUGUUCUAAAUGGUACAACAGGAACUAAUUGUUUGUCAGACCAGGCACCUUCAAAGCAUGUAGUAUACAUUCCAUAUAACUUCGAUUGCUCUAGGGCAUUUUUUGUUUACAGAAAGUGCUCCAGUCAAAUCAGAAACUAAUCAAAUAUGCCACCUUUCCCCUUCUCCCCACCCCACUGACUUCCUCACAGCCUCCUUAUUCUCAUUGUGCUCUCAAAGGCUUUGAAUAUUUGAUAUUUUUUUCAUUUUUAUUUAUUCUUUGGGUCUGAACAUUACAAGCAAGGGUAGUAUUUAUUGCUGAUCCCUAAUUACCCUUGAAGUUGUCAGUGAGCCACAGCAACGUUGUGGUGAAGUUACCCUUGGAGUACUGUUGGGCAUUUGAGCAUUUUGAUGUAUUUCCAUGUCAGGAUCAUGUGCAACUUGGAACUUGGUGUUCAAGCAUCUGUUGUGUUGGUCUAGGCUGUAGUAGCUGCUGUCAUGGAAGGUUCUGACUAACUGCUUAUUUUAUUCAUGCCAUUGAGCUUAUUGCUCCUCUGAAGAGGAUUGAUUACAUGUUAAAAUUUGCUAACUCUUGUAGAGUCAAACUUUAAUCUUGCUGAUCCAAGCAACUUGCACUUGCAUGCUUUAAUUGUCCCCCUCGUCUAAUUGUUAGCUGCCUAAAUUGUUUUGCAGUAUACAUUAAUUGGUCCUAUUUCAUACUAAACUUGGACAUUAAACUGGAGCAAUGAUACAAGAUGGAGGGCUUUAGCUUACUGGGGCAUUGAUACUGGUUCAGAGUGGGACCAGAUGAAUUUGGAACCAAUGUCUUUACAGGAGGGUUGGCUAGUCCUGUAUGGGGUGGGCAAGUGAAAGUAAAUUGUGGAGGUGCAGGUGAGGAGAGUUUCAAAUGCAUUGGCUGGCAGGAGUAACAGAAACUAGGAUGUAGCAUUGGAAAAGGGGAGGGGAAAAGUCCACAAAUAAUUGGGAGAAAAAAAUAGCAUUAGUGCAAGAAAUAGUACUGCCUUAAUAGGACCAGACUAAAGUUCACAGUGUAUUUUAAAAAGUUAGAACUUUGGCUGUAAUUAUCAUGUGGGACUGUGUUGUAGCGAUAACAGAGAUCUAGCUUUUAAAGAAAAAAUUGGAAUUGUGGAUACUAAGUAUCCCUGCGUAAAGGUGUUGGGAAGAGGUGGGGUGGGGGAUGGUGGUGCAGCUGGCAGUAUUUGCAAUAUUCUUCAUGAUCAAUGCUGAAAAGGAAGCAGGAACAGGAUCUAUUUGGUUGGAGUUGAGAAACAGCUCCCAUUGCACUGGGAGUAUUCUAUAGGUGUCUAAAUAGUGGGAAGGAUGUUGUGUAACUUUUCAGGAGAAUGGGAAAGUGAAAAAGCCAUUGAGUAUGAUGACAGGAAACUUGAAUCACCCUAAUGAAGACUGGCAUAGUAAUAUAAGAGGAAGAGCUUCUGUUCAGGAGAAUUUUCUUGACUGGUAUGUUUCUGAUCUAGUGAAGAAGGGAACAUUGCUGGGCUUGGUUCAAGGGAAUGUGGCAUGCUAAGUGGAACAAGUAUAAAUUUUAAGGUUAGCAUCAUAAGAUUUAGAAUAGCUUUGGGAAAGGAUAUAGAUUACUUCAGGGUAAAACAAUUGAAGGGCUAAUUUCAACAGAUGAGAACAGAUCUGGUCCAAGCAAAUUGGAAUCAAGGACGGAGAGGCAAACUAUGAAUAGUGAGCAGCUUUUAAGAUGGAUUAAGUACAGUCUAGAUACAUUUCUAUAAGUGAGAAAAUUAGUGUUUAAAAUCAGAACUGCAUGACUGAAAAGAGGAAGUAAAAUAAAGUAGGAAUAAAAAAAAGGCAAAUGACAGAUGUCAGGUUGAUAACACAGGAUUAUGGGGAGUUCAGAAGGGAGGUUAAAAAAGAAAUAAGAUGGGGAAAGAAAUGGCUGGUAACAAAAAGGAAUCCAAUCUCUGAAAUGUAGAAGUGGUAGUAAUGAGAGGUGGGGUUAAUCAAGGAUCAAAAUGAGUUCUUCAUGAGACAGCAUGCCUGAGUUAGAGGACUUUGGUCUGUGUCAAAGAAGUUGUUUCUUCUAGAGUCUCAGCAGAGGAGGAACUGAGUAGGUAAAAUUUGAUAGAGGAGGUACUAGAAAGGAGAGUCAUACUUGAGUGGUUAAAUUAAAUGGUUCAGAUGAUGGGAUCUAACCUGGGUUGCUGAGCGAAGUAAGGGUAGAAGUUGCAGAGAGAUUCACUAUAAUUUUCCAGGCAUCUAUCGAUAUGGUGAUGAUACUUAGACCAUUGUUCAAAAAUAGUAAUAAUAGGCCAGUCACUUUAACCUUGAUUAAGUUUCCCCCAUUACCAAGGACAGAAUUAGCUGUCACUUAGACAUGUAUGGACUGGUGAAGGAAUGGACUGAUGAGGUUAUAGAGAAGGUCAAUGAGGAAAAUGUGGUUGAUCAAAAGGUGUUUGAUAAAGUGCUGCAUAAUCAGCUUAUUAUCAGGAUUGAAGCUAAAACAAGCAAUAUCAGCAUGAAUAGAAAAUUAGCGGUGACAGAAAUGGUGAGCAGUGAUGAAGCAUUUUUUGGACUUGCAUUAAAUGUGUAAUGGAAUCCCCAGCACUUAAUACUAGGACCACUGCUUUUCCUAAUACAUAUCAAUGACUUGAAAUUGACUGUUCAGGGCACUAAUUUCCAAAUCUGACGCACAACUUGGAGGUGCAGUAAAAUGGGUCAAGCACUCCAUGAGCUUGUUACACCUUUCAGUAUGAUCAUGGCUGUUCUGUACUUGCCUACUUUGGUUAUACACUUAAUACCCAACAAAAAAACUUUCAAUUUAAGUUUUUGAAUUUCCACUUGAUUCAGCUUCAAUUGCUGUUUUUUUUUCCCCGAGUUGGGGGUGGUGGGCAGGGAAAUGGAGAGAACAGUUCCAGAUUUUUGGCACUCUUGGCAAAAAAUUGCCUUUAAACAUUGCCCUUCCCUGCUCUAGCUCCAGUUUUAAGUUUAUUCUCCUCUAUCCUGGACUCUCACCAGAAGAAACCAUUUCAAUCUGCCCUAUCAACUCAUUAAUAAUCUCACCCCUUACCUUUCAUGAUCAAGAGAAGAUAAACUUAGUAAUGUUAUUUCAUGCCACGUGCAAACUUAUUUCAUACUUUGAGCAGAAUGUCAGGAUUAUAAAAAUUAAUUUGCACUGCAUCCUCUCCACUGUCAAUUCUGUAAAAAAAAGUGUAUAGUUUGUUUUUGUGAAUUCAUAUUUGAUAUGAUGUGCUUGUGAUGCUGCUGCAAGUAAGUUUUUCAUUGCACCUGUACGUACAUGUACUUGUGCAUAUGACAAUAAACUCAACUUUGACAAUAUGCCAUGAAUCAAAUGUACUCCAGAAGUGUCUGUCUAGAACUCUGCACAAUAGCCUCCAGCACUUUGUAUUGCAGGUCCUUUAAAAUAAAGACCAACAUAUCAAUGCCCUUCAGUUAUUUUUGAACCUAACCAGCAGAUUUUAGUGAUUUCUGUACUGAUCAUUCUACACCCUACAGUUAUCUUCAUCCCAUGUCAGAUGUCCUUACUCAAGGCAAUUUUUGGAAAUAUUUUUGCAGGAUUUUCUGUUAACAUUCAGAGGUUAACAUUCAAAUGUUUGAUGAAAGCAGUGUCCUCUUGACAGAAUAGACAAAGUAUUUUUUUAUUCUUAAUUUUUAUUUCCAUUAAAAUAAUAGUGUAAGUAUACAUCGGAUAAGGACAAAAGAAAUGAGUUGGAAUUUUUAAAAUUAUUUAAGUUGAAGUAUGCUAAUGAAAGACCAACUUAGUGGUGAGUGAAACUUGGGGAUUUUAUCACAAGUAUUGUAAGAUUGUCUCUGGUGGAAGUAUGCAGGUAAAGGGGUUAGAGAAGGUACUGGAACAGCUAAAGAGUAACAAAAACAAAUGCUUUUGAACUGAAUGAUUUUGGUCCUCGUGGUGCUUCACUGUUACUGACUACAUUGUCAUUAUGAUAAUUUUGUACCAACUCUUUCACAGAAGAGUCAGAAGCCUUGGAAUGGUGUAUUAAUGUCAGUGUAUUUAGUGUAAUGAGAGAACUGCCUAAAACACCAAGCUCAGUGCUCUUCCUGGAAACACUGAUUGCUUCAGGUUGAACUAUGUUACCUGGUUUUGACUUGAGAAGUUUAAUUGCAGAACACAUUUCAGAUUUUUGGAUAUCAAGUAGAUAGGGGAGAGAAAGCCUUUUAAAAGUGGCACUGAUUUGUGAGCCAGACCUCAGCUUGUGCAUCACAGGAGGUAGGGAGUGGGGUGGGAUUAUUGCUGUGGUUACAAGUAUAUAAAUUGUUACAGGCUUGCAAUUAAAAAUGGAUACUAACCCAUUUUUAUCCAUUGCAAAUAGGCUAUAACUAUCAUAUUACUGUUUGAGGGGAAUCAGAAUGAAAGCAAUAUUACCAUUGGAUUUUCAUUCAUCUUCACUGAUAAUAUUAGUUAUAGAUGGAAUCAGAGCUCCUGCCUGAUCUCUUUCCUGUGGUUCCCUUGUACAUUUUCAUUUUUUUCUUUUUUUAACCAUCUUUAGUUCUCUUUGCCUGCUUAUAAGGCCUCAUGAUUUUUGGAACUUAUUUAUUUAUUUGCUUCAAAUACAAAGCUGCAAGUAAUGAUACUAGAAGAAAUGCCAUCAAUCUUUCUAAGGUAAAUGUAAUAUUUGCAUGGGCACAUGUUCAAGAGUGAUCUGAUCUGAUAUCAUAUGAUCAAACCUCCAGGAAUAACUCCAACAGAUCUGGUAAAUGUAUUCCUGGAUUGCAACUGAGAAGCAUUUGCAGUCUACUUUUUGACCCCAUACUUGUAAUUGAGGAAUAUUUUGGACUAUGCAAUGUAACUUGUGACAUGAGAAUAUUUUGCAAUAUUGAAUAUAACUGUCCUCAUCUCUAAUUUGCUUUACUUGUGGAUCAGACCACUGCUUGGAUUGUCAAAUAGUAAUAUUGAGGAAGUAUGGAUUUCUUGGUUUAUGGAGAUGGAUGUGGGUUCUUGUAACAUAACCUGCAUCAAAUUAAGGAACUUUAGUUGGGUCUUUUUUCAGGAUUUCAGUGCUUUCACAUACUCAUCACUUGAAGUAUUCAAUGACAGUCGUAAAAAAAAAAUCACUCCAAAGGCUACUUUUAUUUGAUUAAAAAUAAUACAAUAUACAAGAGACUUUAAACAUUAACAGUUAAAUAUUGGUGUACUAAAACAAUAUUAUUUAAACUGUGCUAGCGACUUGGACAACAAAGUUGAAACAGCUGUAAAAGUUGGCACAGUGGCACAGCUGGUAGAGCUGCUGCCUCAUGGCAUUCGAGACCCAGGUUCAAUCCUGACCUCAGAUGUUGCCUCUGGAAUUUGCACAUUCUCCUAGUGGCUGCAUGUGUUUCAGCCAGCUGCUAGUUUCCUCCCACAUCUGAAAGAUGUGUGGGUUAGUACGUUAACUGCCCACUGCAAAUUGCCCCUAGUGUAUAGAUGAAUGGUGGAAACUAGAUGGAGUUGAUAAAAUGUAGGCAGAAUGGGAUUAAUGUAGGUUAGUGUAAAUGGGAGGUUAGUGGUUGGUGUGGACUCAUGGGCCAAAGGACUGGUUUCCCUGCUGUAUCCCUCUAAGUCUUAAGUUGCAAGAAAAUCAGUCUAGAUCUUAAUGCCCUUGAGUGUCAACUAUUUAUUUAUUUUUUUUGCUGAAAGUGAUGUUCUUAUCAAAUUCAUAAAUUCAGAGUUAAACAGCUCCAGAUGAACAAAGGGAAGCUCUGUGUAACUUCAAAUCCAAUUUAAUAAGAUGAAUCAAACAAUUAAUUAUGAAAAUCAGAAUUAGACAACAAAGGGCAGAGGUCAGUUAACCUUUUGCUAAAUCCAAAACUGAACAAAGUAACAGAAUAAAGUGCCCAGAUAUAUGACAAAGACUCAUGGCUUGUGUUCUAUUUAUUUUGUUGAUGAAAGUUAGAUGAAACUCUUGAUAACUUCUUCCAGGUCAUAAUCCACAGAGGAAGUGGUUUAAAAUUGGAUGUAUGUUUUUAAUUAGACUUUUCAUGUUUAUUUGCAUUUUUGAUGCGUUUUCAACAGAGUCCAAACCAGGAUUGAUAGAAUCUUCAGUAGCAAGUAAUUGAUCCACUAGCAGUUUCCAGUUAACCCUAACCUAUAAGGGGCACAUUCCUUUUCUAAUUUAAAAUAAGAUGCUGUGACUUAUUGUCCAACCUGUGCUACAAGUCCCAUGUUUUACAAUAAUGGAUACAUAACUGAGCAUGAGACUGGCAGCAGUUGCUGAGCAGGUACCUGUGGCAUAUGAUUACUGAUGGCUACUGGAUGCAUUUCUCAGCUGGUUUUAGUGCUGAUACCAUCUCGUCCCUCAUUGUUGAAUUUCAGUCUGUUUUCAUUCUUCCCGUGUUGCCUUAUUGUAAAUGACAAUCUA